CUUCCCCCGGGGCUCCCGUCCCCUUUGCGGCCAGAGGCGCGGGAGCUGCCGGGCCCCGGGAGGGCUGGGGCUGCCCCCCGCCCGUUGCGGCGGAGGGCGGGCGGUUUCAGCGCCCGGGCGGAGCGGGUCCUGCCCGGGGCGUUACUGCCGCCCCGGCCGCUCGGGCAGCGCCGCGCAUCCCCGCAGCCGGAGCUGCCGGGCUCGUCCCGUGUGCGGGCAGGACGGCCGUUUGGUCUCUUCUGGUGGUUGAUUUGGGAUUUUUUUGGUUUGCUGCUUGUUUUGCCCUCGUUUUGGUAUAGCUUAGUGUUAUGGGUGAUACAGAAGAAGCUAAAAUGCAGAUAACACCAGAAACUCCAGGACGAGUUACAAUCCUGAAUCCGUUUGAAAGUCCCAGUGAUUAUUAUACUCUUCAGGAGCAGAUUGUCUCCAGUCCUUCAGUCUUUAAGUCAACGAAAUCCUCAUCUACACCAGGAAAAUUCAGAUGGUCUAUUGACCAGCUUGCUCUAAUAAAUCCUGUGGAAAUUGACUCGGAGGACAUUCGACGCCAAGGAAUGUAUUUGAGCUGUGCUAGAAUUGAUAAGGAGACAGAAGACAGAAGGCAAAAAGCUAUUGAGGAGUUUUUCACAAAAAAACUCAUAGUUCCUUCUCCUUGGAUUGAACAUGAAGGCAAGCAAGUUUCUCAGUUUAAUUCAACUAAAUCCAUAGAUAUAAAUAACAUUUCUCCCAUUGGAAGACAGCUGAGCUUGCAGCCUGGGAAAAGCAAUGCUGCUUGUCAGACAGUACUGUCUUUGCCAGUGGAUUUUAAUUUAGAGAAAAUACUAGGUGAAUAUUUUAGAACUGAUGAAUUUGCAGAUCAGUCUCAGGAAAAUCUGAGCUCUUCAUCACUCAGAAGAAAGCUGUUUUUGGAAGAAAAUGGGAAUGUAUCGGCAUGUUUGUCCCCUUCUCUGCAUAGUCCAUGUGGUAGUCAGCCACUUGGAGUGCUUUGUUCAAUAGAAUUAUCUCCAGUCCGGUGCAGAAGCCCCCUGGACACAUCUAGUUCAGGUCAGUUUUCAUCAAGUCCUAUUCAGGGAGGAACAAGAGCUUAUAGUCUGGGAAGUAUAACCAGUCCCACGUUUUCAGAGGGGUCUCCUGCACAUAAUGGUUCUCCCGCUUUUUCACCAAUUGCUUUUCGCAUAAGAAAAACACCACUCUCAGACCAAAGAAAAUUUACUUUUCGUUCUCCAGACAUUCCUUCUUCCUCAAAUAUAAUGACACCCCCAAGUACGAGAAGUCCUUACAUAGAUGGUUGUUCUCCAAUUCAAAAUUGCUCUCCUAUGAGGCUUGGAGCCUGUAGAGGAACUGCCAAAUAUCAGACUUCUGUCAUUAGAAUACCAAUUGCAGUUGAGAAUCAUGAUGAGGAUGAGGAAGACAAGGAAAACGCUUCUCCAGCAGAAGCUCGGUUCCCAGAAAUGGAUAAUGGAAUAAACUUACGUCAGGAAGAUGGUGAUACUUUUGCGCAUGGUACACAUCUUGUGGUGACAACUGUGUCCAUUGCACCAGAUCACUCAGAAGGUUGUCAUCAAAGGUUGUCAUCAUUUCAGGAUAUAGAAAGCUUAAAGGAAAAUAAUACUGUAGACAUGGCUGAUGCAGCUGAAGUGUCAGAGGAAAACACUUGGAUAAAAGAAGCAAUUGGCAGUAGCAAUACACCAAUGGCCAGCUUUAUGACAGGCAUUACUUUCAGUAUUGAAAGCUCUCGCAUGUGCAUGUCACCUCUUGCAGAAAGCAGCGCAAUUCCUUGUGACAACAGUAGUAUUCAGGUGGACAGUGGUUACAAUACACAGACUUCUGGAAACAGCAUUAUGGAUACUGCAGGGGCUGAAAACAGUUGCAGAGAAAAUGAUGUGAAUACUGUCGUGUUUCAGAAUAAAUCUCAGCUGCUUAGAACAAAGGAGUGUUCUGCUUUAAGCCAUAAGGACAAUCAGUUGCUGAGAGCAAAAUCUCCAGAGAAGCAAUGCUGCUUCCAAAAAGCCAAAACACAUAGCACAGUAUUUGGUCAAAAUGCAACUUGCAACAUUUCUACUUGGAAAAAUGAAAAUCAAGUUCAGGGGUUUCACAAAAGUGGUAUGUAGUCUUCUGAUGGAGAACUUAAGCUGUGGUGUCUAAUAAAUUUUUAUACAUAUGACCUCAAUUACCUGGAUUAUACAUACAAUUUUGCUUUUCUAAUGCAAGUGUAAUAAACUGUUUGGUAUAUAUUAAGGGAGUUCUUAAAAUAAUAUGGAAUUUUUCAGGUCUUAUUAAGAAAUUUAUUGGUAUCAUUAAGUGAUCCUUUUUGAAAAUUAAGGUGUCUAGAUUUGGUACAGAGAAACAAUAGGUUUUUUUCAGAAUUGUAUUCCUUCUGUGGUUAGGGUGGAUUCCAUGAACAGCCUAGGAUAACUUGCAUAGGAACCAAUAUAACUGCAAAAGCACCUACAUUUUAAGAUUUGUCCCUCCUAAGGGCAUGAGGGACAUUUUUCUUUGUGGAAAAGAAAAAGGGCUAUUAGUCUGGAUUUGGAUUGCUUGUCUCUAACCAGAUUUAUUGUGUGGCGUCAUAAAUACUGGCACUGGUACCAAGAGUAAGUCACUGGACUAAAGUGAAUUGCUGGGGGGGUGAUGAGAGCAAACACCAAAUUUAGUUCUCUUAGUAAUAUAAAAUAAGCUUUAUGUCAAAAGAAGCUGUUUAGCAAUUCUCUGAACCACUUUUUCUUUGGUUUGAGAAAAAUCUGUGAUCUGUCAGUUAGGUUUACCAGGUACUUAAGUAAAAUGUACUAUUGGUUACCUUAAAAUCAAAAGGUAGUGUUGUUGCUUUGGUAAUUGCAUUAGUACUAAACUUGGAGUUCAUCACCUGACACUCCCAGUGUCUCCAAAGAACACUUGUGUCCAAACUGAUGAUCUGGUACCCUUUGGAAGGAACCUCAGAAGGUGCAAUAAGAUUCACUGGUUUCAGUACAUCACUAAGAAAGUGGUGCAGCCUUUCUACUAUUAAAGUAAACCAUUUCACUUCACUCUUAAUUCCUAGUAUUAUUAUGUUGCUUACAGAAAUUACAAAAAAGAUAAAUCCUUAAAAAUAUAAUUAACUUUUGCAUGCCAUUUGUUACAAAAAGUAUGAAUACAAGCAAACCUUUGAUCUUUUCAAGAAAACCAUCAAUGAAUUAAAGUGAUGGAUUGAGCGGGGUCAGAAGCCCAGAACUCCCUUUGUGUAAUUAAAUCAGAUUUGGUUGAAUUUGCUUGUAUUUCUUUAAAAGAACCUUCUGGAAUUUAUAAAUGUGAAUAGGGGAAAAAAUCCAUAUGGUUAUCUUGUGGCCCUAGUGAGUAAGAGGGAAAGAAGAGAUAAGGGAUACACACUUAUUUCUGGGCUCUGUUUAUGUAGAGCUCUGGUAAACUUGGUUGGAUUAAUGAAAAAGAGUCCAUUCUAACAAGUGUUCCAGGUGAAGCAGUCUUCUUCCCUUUUCAUAGCAAGGAUGUCCCAGGAUACUGGAUGGAAGUUCUGCUUUCUGUUCUAUUCCACAACCCACAGAAAAGCUUGUACCAAAGUGACAGACAGUGGCUGAUGAGGAGCUAUUGGCACACUAGGCCCAAAACCUAUUGGUCAGACCUAAAUUUGAAGGCAAGACAGUAUUGUAAAAAAACCUCAUAAGGGGAGGUGUGAACAGAAUCUCAUGGCAUUAAAAUCAGUAUGUUAGACCUGAGAGUUGUGUGUUGUUUGAAUUGAACAGUUCUUGAAGUGUUUUCAUUAAUAAUUUCCUAUUGAAGGCUUUCUGAAAAGCACAUUUAAGAAAAAGGGAAAUGUCUGUCUGCAUCACUUGAUUGUAGUUCUCACAUUGAAAAAAGAAAUAUAAAAAAACUUAGUUUAGAAAUCUAAUGAGCAAAUAUGGUGUGCAUUAUUUUUACUUCUGUAGCAAUUUAAUCAGUAUUUCUGUAAUGCAUGUGGGAUUGACAGUAAUGGAAUCUAGUGUCAUAUAUUAGCUAUUUCAUGAUCUUCAAACAGUGCCCAGAAGCUGGAAAUACACCGAAUUGAUAACUGUUAAGGAAUGAUUUUUUUAAAAAAUAGGAAAUUAACUCAGACUUCUGGAAAACGAAUUUUAUAGAAUAGGGCCUUCAAAAUGUUCUUAGCUUUAGCUUCUAACUUUUGUCACUCAAAAGCAGGAUACAACUUGCCUGAGAUUUAAAAGUUAUAUAUAUGACCUGUGUCAUUUCUGUUUCUCAUGAUAAUUUUAACAAUAAUCAAUGGAAAGGACUGUACAAAGCAUUUAUUUUUGCAAUUGUGAUUACUAAAAUAGUAAUGUAAAUUUAAUAAACGUUAAGCAGGGUAGUCCAAAUUAUGAUCUGUUUCUGAAAUUUUCUGAGUUACAUGUAGAAUUAAAAUUUGGUUUUACUUUUUAACUAAACUUCUUGAUUGUUUUUAUAAUGUUCAAUGAUCAGAGGCUUUUGAAGUAUUCACAAGUAAAAAAGCUAUCACUAAAGUAUUUAAUUUCAUCCUGUGUUAGUGUUCUCUUAAAGGUAAGAAAAAGGUAACAGCAGAAAUGGGUGAAUGUGAGAAGUGAUUAAGGAUCCCCCCCCAUAUGGAUUGCCUGUAUUUUCUGUCCUGUUUUAUAGUCUUCAGUUAAAUGGGUAAUAUUUAUUUUAUGAAAAUAUGCCUAUUUUUUUAUUAUGUUUGUACAAUUGAUUUGUAGAAGAAACCUACUGUGCAAAUUACCAUGGAAAUCACUUGACCAUUCUGUUUCUGUAGUUGUUCUUAAUGCAUUGGUUGGCACACAUUGCACAAAGCGGUCAUUGUUUACAUUAAAUUAAUAUCAGUACUUUCAAUGAGAGUCCUUUAACAUGUCUAAUUGUAAAUUGAGUAGUGAAACAGAAUAAAGACAUUUCUUUAAUACCUA